CUUUGAAGAUGCCUCGCCUCCUCCCAAUAGGAUCUCUCUCGGUCUAAACUCUCCCAUUUUCUCAGGGAUCGGGGUUCGCAACAAAACUCUUUCCCUUCGCCGCUCUCAAUUGGCUUUGAAUUGGUCUAGAGCACAAGCUAUCCUGCCAGCUGUAGCUUCACCUGCACCCAAUUGCCCCUCUUCCCCCUGAAACCUCCCCUGUAAUUUGAGAGGCCUUCUCAGUCUGGCAUCGAAUCGGACUAACAUUAUCCUCAGUAUAUCUUCUAGUCUACCCCUGUUCAGCUUCAUAAGAUCCAUCCGUCAUGACAACACAGCCUGCCCCCGCUAUUCCCCCUCGACCGUCGAGGUCGCCUAACCAGCAGGGCCUUGCACCUACAGAUGUGCCCAAAAUCCCGCCACGUCCCACUCAGCGCUUCGACCGCUCCGUGUCUCCUUUACGAGACAGCUAUGCACCGUCUCCUUUGAACGAGCCACCUAAUGGCUCGAGUAUGAGUCGCUCCGUUUCCCAAGACGUGCCGCAGCGACCCCCAAGUGUGACGAUACCUUCACUUGGUGAAGAAGGUAUUGAAUACGAAGAUUUGAAUGUGGCAAAUAUAUCUGAAAGCCGUCGGGAAAGUCAGCACCUAACUCCCGCAGAGAUGAGGAACGUGGGCAGCGAUCUGAAGCUCCAUGCGCCAAGACCGUCUCUGCCUUCUUCCAGCGCCAAGGCCAAGGUGCAAGCCGUCACACGGACAGAUUCUCGUCAGGCUGCGGCAGCAGGUCUUGGUGGAACGGUAUCCCCUACUCCUGAUGAGCACCAUGAACGGCGUACCCGCUCGUUACAAUCUAGAACAAGUUACUCGCGUGCGGACUCCUCAACGUCCUUUGAUCGGCCGCUGUCUAUGAACGGCGAUGAACAUGGAAUCCCGGAGAUAGGACAAAGGGUUCCAAUGUACCCUAAUGCGGGUGACGUUCAAGCCCCUUCGCCAAGUCCCUAUGUUUUAGAACAGCAGUCAGGCCAGCGCUCUGGCCGCAGCCAUAACCGAACCCGAAGUGGUCGUGAAGCUUCUCUUCCACCUGGAAGCUAUGGGCUUCAUGGUCAUGGUAUGCAGCCUAAUGACAGGUUUGAGAAAGCCUGGUAUGAAAAGCACCCAGAAGAAUAUGUCAAGGAAGAGCAGGGCCAAUAUGGCCCUGGCGUUGGGUCGCCGCGACCAGAUUGGGCUAUGAGUAGUGAUGAUUUGAACAAGAUCGUUCGGGGAUCUGCGGUGACCGGGAGUGGACUUGGUACGUCACCUGCAGUAGUUGGAACUCCAGAAGAGGAGGUUGGGUACAUUGCCUCUGAUGAGUACACUCAUCGUCUACAAUCGCCACCGCCUGAAUCGCGCCGUGGCUCUCGUCUCGUUGCCGAGUCGUCCUUGCGCAAGGAAAGUCUACCUUCCGCCCAAGUCGAGGACCAGCAGGAAACUGCAGUCGCUAAAGAGACCAACCACAAGCCAGAAGAGCCAGGGGUAAUCCACGUUGAUGAGCCAUAUCACCAUCUACAUCAUCCUGACGGCUUUGCCCAAACCCCAGGCCCGGAAGACCCUUCUCGCAUGUCUGGGGAGGGUGAUGUUGACGAUGCUGAGCCUAUUCUGGCAGCCGACGAGGUGCGCCCAGAAUCUGCUUUCCAGCAUCCUGCAGUGUCCCCCACAUUUGGCAGAAGGGAAAGUACGGAGGUCGACAGGAGUCGCACGCCAAGCGUCAAUCAUAGUCGUUCGAACAGUAGAUCUGCAAGCCAUCACAACAGUCUUCCCACUCUGGCAAGGCUCAACUCACGCGACGAGCGGGAAGAGAGCCAUACUCCUCUUGAGGAUGUUGAAGAAUACGAGCCCCUGUUCCCCGAAGACGACAACGAGGCGAAAAAGCCUGUUCCCACUGCCGAGCGCUUGAAACAACGUCCUGAUAUGCUCAAGCAUCGGUUCCCUAGCCAAGACAUCUGGGAGGAUUCGCCGAAUAGCUUACAACUACAGGCUACGGUGUCCACGCCGGAUGUUCCUAAACAUGAAAACUUUGAGACUCCGGAGCAAGAGUCAUUCCGUAGAAGCCAAGCUAGCCGUGUCGAUCCACACAAGGUUGCGUCGCAGAUUUUGCAGUCAGAAGAACACCAUAACGUGCAGUCUAUCUCACGCCCGGACAUUGCCAAGCAGCGUUUCCCUAGCAGGGAUAUAUGGGAAGAUGCCCCAGAAAGCCAAAAACUGGUAACCACAGUAGAACCGUCAGAAGGAGAGAUUAAGAGCCCAGAUGUGGGGACGAAACCUAACAUUCCAUCUCGGCCUCAGAAGCGUCCUCCAGUAGAUGCUUCUACGAAGCCAGUCACCUCGCCUACUGAAAAACGGCAACCGCCUUCGAUUCCUGACCGCCCUAAGCCCCAAGUUCCGACCCGGCCAGCGAAGCCUGUGUUCCCUGGGAAUGGUGGAGAGUCUAAGGAUACUACAGCAAAAGCGAAGCCAGCGGUGCCAGCACGCCCGGGAGGCAGCAAGAUCGCAGCUUUGAAGGCAGGGUUCUUGUCAGACCUAAACUCACGUUUGCAGCUUGGCCCUCAAGCGCCGCCGAAGCCGCAAGAGAAGGUAGAAGAGGCCCCGGCAGAAAAAGCCCCUCUAAGUGAUGCUCGCAAGGGAAGAGCUCGUGGCCCUGCACGGAGGAGGCCAGCCGCUGACAGUACGGGUGCAAAGUUGCCGACAAUCCCAGAAGUCAGGAUCACUGAAACUUGGAAUGUCUGGCAGGUUGGUGAGGACGGUAAUCUGAUCGUCGGCAAGAAAAACUCGGUGGACCAAAAGAAAGUCGCCGCUCCUGAUACGACAUCCUCGGAGGACAGCACCAUGGCUCCCCCGAUAGCGAAGAAUACUGCCGGAGAACCGGCUGAUCCUCAGCCAACAGCAUCUCCCGAAGAGGAUCCUGCACCAUCAAGUGGUUCAACCCCAGCCGAGACCCAGCCGACAUUCACCGAGACGACUCACUCUGUAACGAGCUCUCCUGAUGGUCAGGGUCCUACUGUAGUGCCUACGGCCAAGCAAGACGAGCCCGAGGUACCCUCUGAAGCAGUAUCUACCGAAGUCGAAGCCGGCAAAAAGCCCAGCACUUCAUCGGCUGAGUCAGGAGUAGAAGAUAUUGCAGAAGUUGCAGCUGCGACUGCCGAUGGAAAGAGGCCCUCGGAGGGUGACUGAGGAAAUAUGCUCAAACCGUAGUCAUUUUGCGUUGUCAUUGUUCUCCUGUUUCUUUUUUUAAAGUUUUCCAGCCAGUAAAAGGCACACUACCUCCUGUGUAGCAGUCAUAGAAUUUACUGACCUAGUAUUUUUUGCAAGUCCUUCAUUGGACGUAAACCCACCCUGGGUUUGAGUACAUCUUGUACCUUCCUCGGGCAAUCUAUGCCAUAGUAUACUAAUCGUAGAAGUGAAUUAUAUGGUUAAU